AUGAGCCUGCACUGCCCGAGCUAUCACAAUCCCGCCGAUUAUGUAAUGGAGGUGGCGACCGGUGAGCACGGCGACUGGGUCCACAAGCUGGUGAUGGCUGUGAACAGCAGGAGUUGCGGCCGCGGCCAGUCAUCUUCCUCCUCAUCUGCCUCAUCCGUGCCGCAGAACUGCAACUUCAACAACCAAAGCAAGAGCAACGUGAAGAAAGUGGAGGCGCUUCAGAUCGUGAUAGACAAACCCACCUGCACUGUGAUAGACAUGUCCGAACCAAAUCUCAACGCGGAGAAGCAGAACGCCCUACCGAACUCCACAAACCUCGCGCCGGUGACGUGCACCACUUCGCUCCUGGACUCCAGCGAGAGCUUCAACAAGAAACCGGUGAAGGCCGGCUUCCCCACCUCCGGCUGGAAGCAGUUCUGGAUCUUAUUGAAGAGGACGUUCAGGAGCAUUUUGCGCGAUCAGAUGCUGACGCAUUUGAGGCUGUGCUCGCAUACAGUGGUCGGCCUGCUAAUCGGCUUCCUGUAUUACGACAUCGGACACGACGCGGCCAAAGUGAUGAGCAACGCCGGCUGCAUAUUCUUCACUGUGAUGUUCACUAUGUUUACGGCUAUGAUGCCCACCAUUCUUACAUUCCCAACGGAGAUGAGUGUGUUUGUGCGGGAGCAUUUAAACUAUUGGUAUUCUCUGAAAGCGUUCUACUUCGCAAAGACUAUGGCCGACUUGCCAUUUCAGAUCGUGUUCAGCGGCGUGUACGUGAUAAUCGUGUACUUCAUGACCGGCCAGCCCAUGCAGACUGACAGGGUGCUGAUGUUCACCACGAUAAACAUCCUGACCGCGCUGGUGGCCCAGUCGCUGGGGCUGCUAAUCGGCGCCGCGAUGAAGAUCGAGACGGGCGUCUACUUGGGCCCCGUCACGACCAUACCGGUGGUCCUGUUCUCCGGUUUCUUCGUCAACUUCAACGCGGUGCCCAGCUACCUGCAGUGGCUGACGUAUCUGAGCUACGUGCGGUACGGCUUCGAAGGCGCCAUGCUCUCCGUGUACGGCUUCGGGAGGGAGAAGCUGCACUGCUCCGUCGCCUACUGCCACUUCAGGAACCCGGACAUGUUCCUCAAGGAGAUGACGAUGGACCAGGCCAACUUCUGGGUGGACGUGGGCGCGCUGAGCGCCUUCUUCGUCUUCAUCAGAGUCAUCUCCUAUCUAGUGCUGAGGUUUAAAUUGAAGAUGAUGCAG